AUGGAGACGAACGUUGAGGCAACUUUUAUUCAGCUGCAAGGCAUCUUGGAUGAGAAGGGCUUCGGCACCUGGGGCGAGAGCGACGCCAACCUUCUGCGCUUGCUCCUCGAUGGAUAUUACGCGCAGCAACACAAACUCCGGGCGAAGCAGGCGCGGGAUCCCAGUGGCGGGGCGGGAGCAACCGAUGCAGAGGAGGUGGACGAGGAAGCGGUGAUCGCUGGGAUGGACAGGUCACUCACAAAGCUGCGCCAUUUCCUGCAGCGGAGUGUCCCAUACGGCUCGAUUGCUGAGCCAAACGCCCCGCCCGCUUCCGUGUCUAGCUGCGCCCAGCAAUGCGGUGCUGCACCAGUCCUGGAAAGAAGGGCAGUGGAGCCGCCUACCUUUCCGGUGGACGCCUUUAUUUAUCUGGAGGAGGACGUGGAGGAGCUGGUGCAACGGGGAUGCAUUGCGCGGGAGUACUGUCGCACGUGUGGGUCAGUCGACAUUGGCCUCUGUGACUACAUCACCCAUUCCUUUGCACAGGAGCAGUUAGUCUAUCUCUCGUGUUAUUUGCUCCCUGCCCUCAGUGACGGUGCGUACACUGUCAGCUCCGACUUGCGUCUGCACCGACGUGAAGAGGCGGCCUCUUCUGCCACAGCCCCGUUCAGUUGUCGGCAUGUUGUGGACGUGGGUUCGCGGCUUGGGGUCGUGCUGCUCGCUUGCUACUUUGCCGCACAACAGAAACGCCUGACAAAGACACUGCGAGUGACAGGCGUGGAGAUGGACGAGAAAAUGAUAAGCCUUCAACGGGACGUGAUUAAGCGCUUCGUGACCAAACCCGUGGGGCUUCAGCUGGACGUUGUCCACAGCAACUGCCUUGAAGGGGCGGGGUCAGAGGCCCUUCGCGGGGCCGAUGUCGUCGUCCUGCAUAACGUGUUUGAGUACUUUGCUGUGUCGCCGGUGGAACACCUCCGGUGUUGGCGACGGCUUCGCGAGAUUGUGGCGCGCCGCGGACAACUGCUCAUAUGCUGCCCAGGUCUGGAGAAAACGUUUUCCGCCUUCACGGAAGCGGAUGUGCGCCACGUUAUGAACGGUGAAAUGACUGCCUCUGGGCCUGCCCUUCCACACGGAGAGGAUGCCGCCGUGCGCAAGCGGCGGCGCGAGGAGAGGCAGGACGGCGGUGCCGCUGGGGGUUGGUAUCAGUCCUGGGUGGAUGAGGUUGACGUGGGGGAGGUGCGGGAGGCGUUCCUCGCCCUUUACCGUGGGAACGACCCCUGCCACGAUGAAGCUCACUCCUCCUGUGAAGGUGAGGUGGACGAGGAGCUGAUGGAGCGACUCCACAGUGUGCGAGUUUAUAAGGUGAGGUAA